AUGGCAAAAGGACUUGAAGCUCAGCUGUUCUUAGCCAGAGGGGCAUGUAUCAUGUUAACAGCAAAUCUGUGGACAGCAGCUGGGUUAGUUAAUGGCUCCAUGGGGACUGUUCAUGAUAUUAUCUAUAAUGACCAAGGACCAUCAUACCUUCCUACAGUAGUCUUCAUUAGCUUUGAUAAGUACAAAGGGCCAACCAUUACUGCAUUAGAUGGAACCAAGUGUCUUGCCUGGGCCAUCACAGUGCACAAAAGUCAGGAACUCACCUUGCCAAGAGUUAAAAUAGAUCUUGGAGCAGAAGAAUUCGCAGCAGUUUUGACAGGCUCGAAUGAAUCAAGCUUUGCAGAAGACUACAAGAAAGGAAGGAAGAAGAAAAAAG